AUCACAAUCCCUGACAGACAAACCUAGUCAUGUUUCCUCUGCCGAUGUUCACGGCCGAGCAGGUGGCGCGAGUCUGCGAGAAUCUGGAGGAGACUGGAGAUAUCGAGCGCUUGGGCCGCUUCCUCUGGUCUCUGCCCGCCGCCGUGCCCGGUUCGACCGGGGAACUUCUCAACCGUCACGAGUCGGUGAUGCGCGCGCGCGCGCUCGUGGCUUUCCACGGCGGGAAUUUCGAGGCUCUCUAUCAGAUCCUGCAGAGUCACCGGUUCACGCGCGAGUCCCACGCGAAGCUGCAGGACCUGUGGCUGGACGCGCAUUACCGCGAGGCGGAACGGCUGCGGGGGAGACCGCUGGGCCCGGUGGAGAAGUACCGAAUCCGGAAGAAGUUUCCCCUUCCUCGAACCAUCUGGGAUGGCGAGCAGAAGACGCACUGCUUUAAGGAACGAACCCGCAGCCUCCUCAGGGAAUGGUACCUGCAGGAUCCCUAUCCAAACCCCUCCAGAAAGCGUCACCUGGCUCAGGCCACCGGGCUCACCCCCACACAGGUGGGCAACUGGUUCAAGAACAGAAGACAGCGGGACAGAGCGGCAUCUGCUAAAAACAGACUACAGCAGGAUUCCUCCCUCCUCCCCUCCGGCAGCUCUCCCGAAUGUUCCUCCUCGGAGCACAACACGCUCCUCCAGGGCUCGUCCCCGCGGCGUCCCGGGAGCCCGGAGAACAGCGACUGCAGCUCGGGCACGGGGCCGAGGGGGACCGGGGCCUCCACGCCCGACAUCUCCGUCAGCAGCGACAGCGAGUUCGAGUCGUGAGGAACGCCUCGUCUGGACCCCGUCAAAGCGUAUAGAUGCACUUAAAGAAAGACUGAGAAAUCAGCUUGUGAAUGGACUUCCAGAUUUGACACACACAC